AUGGUGCAGUGGAUUCUGCGCCGGAGGCGCCGGGUUGUUUUAGAGCGGGUCCACUUUAAUUCCGGAGGUCCGGUAUUCGAAUCCGGGUCCGGGCGGCCCCUUUUUUUCCGUAUUUUCUUAGUAUAUUAUUAG